GCGGCACUGGGAAGUAGUUCAGGUUUGGUGUUUCCUCAUCUUGAAGAUUCAAUACCUGGCACACCAGACAAUGAAGAUGAUGAUUGUCCAAGGCAAACAGUGAUAGAUGAAAAUGAAAAAUCAUUAAUGUAAGAUAAUUUUUAAAUCAUUUGGACUAUUAACGUAAAAGUAUAUGGGUUUCUUAUUUUGCUUCAGGAGUGUUAAUUGAUGUCUUCAUUUAACUGAUCCAAUUUUAUUUAUUUACAAACUUUAACAAAUAGGCUUCCUCUUAAUCAAAGACUGGCUAUUGUAAGGUGGAUUUGUACUGUGAUAGGAACAUCAUAAUAUCUAAAGUGGCAAAUCGGAAUUUAUAGUGGGGUUUUAAAGAAAUUUGAAAGAAAAAAAAAACAAACUUAAGUUCUAGAAUUAUCUUUUAACAAAGAAUAAGCUCUCACCAUAAAAAAUAAGUCGAUCUGCAGAUGUAUGUGGUGGUGAAACAGGAGAUGGGUAAAAGUAAGUUUUUAGGCUUUACGAUUAGCAGUUGUUUGUAGUGGUGAGACGGAAUAGGUAAAAGUUUGUAGGCUUUAGCGGCUAGUUAUAAUGGAACUGCAAGUAAAUAGCUCUAAAGCAUUUAGUAGUGUACAAUGAAAUUGAAGAAUUGGACCAAAAAGACUAAUUUGAAGUUGUAAAGAUGUAGUCAAAAAUAUUUUAAAGAUUAAUUUAAAUAUUAGGGAUUAUUGGGAAUUAUUCAGAAAUAUCCAGAAAUACAGUUCUUAUGUAAUAGGGUAUUUUAAAUUUCUUUCAUUUGCAUAAUUCUCUGUCUGUACUGAGUCUGUGAUUUUUGGCCAUAGUCUGCUCCACUGCAGAGCCCAGAUUAAAAAUUUUUUAAAAUAUUUGUAUUUACGAUUCUCAUUUAUUGAGCUUUAAACAGACCUGCAUAAAUUUUCAGAAUCAAUUAAUAGACCAUGCUUCAUUUUUCUGCUUUUUGUCCGAGAGCUAAUCUGAUGGGUGUGGAUUAACUUGUACAUUUCAAAGUAUUGUUGAAUAAAAACAAAGAACAUAACAAUGUAUGCACCAGAGCUGCAGAUAAUUACUAAAGCUAGGCAGAUAAAAAUAACUUUUAAAGCAGCUAACAAAUCAAUAUGGAUUGGAUUUUACUCUUAAUCAUAAUAAAACAAAAUAUUCCCUUCUUUGCAGAAGUGAGGUCAGUUGGUUAGAGAAAGCAAAGAAAAAAGUGAGCCCUAAACUGACUCAAAGUUGGAAAACUUAUGAAAAAAAGUCGCAAUCUGUGAGUUCAUAGUAAACAUCCAGUUUUAAUCACUUUACACACUUUACAUUUAGAGCAGUGGUUCUCAGACUUUUUUUUUGGCCACUGCCCCCUUGGCAUAAUCUCAUCCUCAAACCUCCCCCCCCCCCCCCCCCCCCCUUUCCGAAUUAACCCUGUUAUAAGCAUUAUCAGAAUAAUAUUUAGCAACAGCCUCAAUAGAAGAAAAAUACACAAUUAAAUUAUAAAGUUUAUCCUAUAUAUAUAAAAAUGCAAUAGUAACUUCCUCUUAAUUGUAGGUUCAUUAUUUAGAAAGAGUCUUAAAUAUCCAUGGUCUUCACUGAUCAAUUAAUGUAUUCUUAAAGUGAUGUGUGGGGUUGGUAAAGUGAUUGCAUUUUUUCAAUGCCUGGUUUUUAAGUCUUUUAGCAGAAAAUAUAUUUAUUAUUAUCUUAUUUUAUUGUUUGGAGCAAUUCUUUCUUUAGCCAAAGCUCUUGUUUCCAUUUCUUAAACUAUGUUAUCAACUCAACAUCUUUUUUGGCUGAAUUAGCACCUCCUUCCUUACACAAACUGUGUCAGUUCUAAAAAAGAUCCUAAAAUCAAUCAAACUAUCCUUGCGAAACAUAUCAAAAACAUUGCAAACUGAAGAUGAUGAUCUUGUGUCUUACUUUAACCUCUGGAUCAGCCAGGCUUUGAAAUUACUUACUUACUUAUGCCUUUUACCCUGUCUGGGGCAUAGGCCGUCUACAAGAGUUUUCCAUUCAUCUCAGUCCUGUUCUUUCCUUUUGAGUUGCUUUCAGGUAUAUCCCAUACUUUGUGUGUCUUCCUCUAGCUCGCAUCUCUACAUAUCCCAUACUUUGUGUCCUGUGCUUUCUUUUCCAGUUGCUUCCUAGUGAAUCCCAUACUUCAUGUGUCUGACUAUAAUUUCUUCUUAUCCUCUUUUCUUUUUUUUUUUCUUUUUCCCCCUUUUUCCUCUUUUCUUUUUUUCUUUCCAAAAUCUAUUAUUUUGCUGCCUAAUAAAUAAAAACACUUUACCCAUAAUUUUAACUAACAUACAUUAGUGAGAAGCAAAUAUUCAUUUUAUAUAAUGUAAUGAAACCCUUCUGCAUUUAGUAUACCCACAACUUAAUCUUCCUAAAUCCCAGCUUUAAAAAAUAAGUUUUGAUAUAGUAAACUGACAGCACUGAGCUACUUAUAAUUAUAAAUGUAUAAUUGUGAACAGCCACUGUUACUUCUAUUUGAAAGUAAGUGUACAGGUUGUUUUAUUUCUAUGUCUUUGUGUAUGAACAAGGUCUAUUAUCUCAGUCUGUCCAUCAUUGACUCAUGUUUGAUUCUGACAAUCGAAACAGUAUUUUAUCUUUCAUUACAAUGUAUAAUUGUUAUAAAUAUUUGUCUACAUUAUCCAAUACCCACAACAUCUACUGCCCCCUUUGGGAGUCCUGGUGACCCUUAAAAUCUCCCAAGUCUUUCAGCGCCCCCCUGAUUGAUGGUACCUUCCACUUUGACAACCCCUGAUAUCAUAUAGUGUAUACAUUUUACCGAGGUUUAAACAUUAAUUACUGAUUUAAAUCUUUAAAAUGUUAAUAAAAUUCACUUAAGUAAAAUAGUUUACUUAUAUUAUACUUACACAUUUUAAAAAAUGUCUUCUUAUUAAUUUUCACUUUUCCUUCCGAUAGCCAAACACUGCAUGUGAAGCUUUUUGUGGCUUUAAUGGAACAGGCAAACCUGCUAAUAGGAAAUCAGGAGCUAAGAAAAAUGUUGAUGUUAUUAAACUUAAACAGGGAAUAAACACUUUGCAUCAGACCCAUAAAUGCACUG